AUGGGUUACAAUGAAACGACAACCAUUACAACUUUCAUUAUAACGAAUAAAAAAGCAUCAGCAACUACAUCAAGUUUAGCUGAAAAGGCAUCAGCUGCUAGUACAAGUGUAUCAAAUAAAGUGUCGACCAAAGUAGACGAGGUCAAGGAAAAGAGAGCACAAGAUAAAUUGACAAUCGUAGUACCACAAGCUGAAUCAUCUGCCAUCAAAGGUGGAUUCGUCGUUGCAAUCGGUAACAAUGAAUCAAAGCAAUUGGUACAAGGUCCAAAGGGCAGCACAAACUAUAAACAAAUGACUGCUAUCAUCCCUUCCUUUUUAGUUGAUAUUGCAUAUGUUAGUGUUGGUCAUGAUCAUAUUUAUUUUGUUUCUAAGGAUGGUAAAUUUUAUUAUUCUGGAUCAAACAAGGAUGGACAAUUGGGAGCAAUGUCACCAUCAAAAGAUGAUCAAUUGGUACAAUUUACCAAUUUAAAGAUUGGUGCCAAGAGUGUUGUUUGUGGACACCAUCAUACUAUGUUUUUGUGUGAUAAGGGUGCGUUGUACAGUACUGGACGUGCUGAUAUGCUUGGUAUCAAGACGGAUGAAAACAAGUAUUCUCCCAACCAAGUCAUAACCCUUGCCAACAAAAAAAUUGAUCUCUAUGCAACUGGACCAAAGCAUUCCUAUGCUGUUGAUGAUACUGGCAAUAUCUAUGCAUGGGGACGUAGUGAUCUACUAGGUCUUGGUCAAUUUGUAAAGGUUAAACAAAUCUCUGUACAACGUAAAGAACCAACCCUAAUAGAACACACUGGAUUCUUAAACUUUAAAAUUGUUCAAAUUGCUUGUGGUGAUGAACAUACUCUUUGUUUAUUACAAAAUGGAGCAAUCUAUGCAUGGGGUAGAGGUGAAGAAGGACAGCUUGGUAAUGGAGUCAAGGAAACGAGACAAUCACCAAUUCCAAUCGACUCACUUGCAGGUCUUAAAUUAAAAUCGAUUAGUGCUGGUGCAUUCAACUCGGCAGCGAUCACUGAUGAUGGUGAAUGCUAUGUAUGGGGUCAAUACCACAAGUCUAUCCUCAAACCCGAGCCACUCAAUACUGGCGACCGAAAGGUAUUGAAAAAUGUAGCACAAAUCUCUCAAAGCGGAUACUACAAUAUUUUGUAUACAACAACCAAUGACGUCUAUACAUUUGGUAUCGAUUAUAAACUAUCUACAGAAGCUGCAUGGAUUCCAACCAAACAUCACAUCGAUGAUCCAUUCCUCCUAACUAAAAAAAUUACUCAAGUUGUUGCUUCCUCUUCUAAUUUCUAUUUGAUUGUUUAUGAAGGAUCAUCAAUGGAACCAAAAUUCAAAAUUGAUUAUACAUUGGGUAAUGAUAAGACUAAAUCACUACAACCACUUGCUCCAUCACAGUACAGACAAAACAUGAAUGCUUUGUUGGCCAAGCCAUCCAAGCCAUCUACAUCAUCAACAACCACUUCAACAACGUCAACUACAUCAACAACAGCCUCUAAACCAAUAGGUGCAGAUACAUCUAAACGAUCAUCAUUGGAUAGUGAUAGUGAUGACGACGAUGAUGAUGAGGAGGAUAUUUUAUAA